CUGACGUUUUCAUUCGGCUAGUUUCUAAAAAAAAAAGGUCGCAUCCCUGAUUCAAAAUUUGAUUCAAAAUUUGUACGCCACCGCAAUAGUGACGACGACAUUCAAUAAUCCAGUCCAGUGUCAAGCGCAGUGCAGAUAUAUCCAAACUUUCCGAUAUAGCAGAUCCACACAGUUUCCCCGACAAGUUCCAAGAGUUCCGAUCAGGCCAACCUUACCUGCCUUCCACCGCCGACCUCCAGGAAUUUGGGAAUAUAGUCGAUAUCCAGUUAUAGAGUUCUCAUUCUCAUCUGGAGAGCAUCCAUUAUACGGAAGGAUUCACUGGUGCCGAACCACCAUGAUAAUCUCGCCGAGAACCUAGCCCAGAAGUCGUAAGAGGUGGCCGCAAGGACUGCGGUUGAGAGAGGAAGACAGUGCCAAAGGACCCUUCUUGUUUUCCGAGGCGAGUGACGGGGAAGAAACUGACAGAAAGAUUGAGCCAAAAGAUUGGAACUUGGAAUACUCACCUUCAUAUCUACUCAAUAGGAAGCUAGAAUCUCUACCGAAGAGUCAAUAGUGCCUAGUUGGUUUAGACAGUGGGUGCGUCCAACACAAACAGGCCCAACGGCGUCCCAAGCGGUUCCGCGCACCCAGCCGGACAACGUUGCCGCGGCGGCACGUAACACAGAGUCCAUGGCGGAGGUGCUCAACCUGGACAGCAUCAUCUCCCGGCUGCUGGAGGUGCGUGGGGCACGGCCUGGCAAAAACGUCCAGUUGUCGGAAGGUGAGAUCCGUGGCCUGUGCCUCAAGUCGCGGGAGAUCCUGCUGGCCCAGCCCAUUCUGCUCGAGCUUGAGGCUCCUCUCAAGAUCUGUGGCGACAUCCACGGCCAGUACUACGACCUGCUCCGUCUCUUUGAGUAUGGCGGCUAUCCGCCCGAGUCGAACUACCUCUUUCUGGGCGACUACGUCGACCGGGGUAAGCAGUCGCUGGAGACGAUCUGCCUGCUGCUGGCCUACAAGAUCAAGUACUCAGAGAACUUCUUCCUGCUGCGUGGGAACCACGAGUGCGCCAGCAUAAACCGGAUAUACGGCUUCUACGACGAGUGCAAGCGCCGGUACACGAUCAAGCUGUGGAAGACCUUUACGGACUGCUUCAACUGCCUGCCCGUGGUGGCGAUCGUGGACGAGAAGAUUUUCUGCUGCCACGGCGGGCUCAGUCCGGACCUGACCUCCAUGGAGCAGAUUCGCCGGAUUAUGCGUCCCACUGACGUGCCCGACCAGGGCCUACUCUGCGACCUGCUCUGGUCCGAUCCGGACAAGGACACGAUCGGCUGGGGCGAGAACGACCGGGGCGUGAGCUUCACCUUUGGGGCGGAGGUGGUGGGCAAGUUCCUGCAGAAGCAUGACCUCGACCUCAUCUGCCGCGCCCACCAGGUGGUCGAGGACGGGUACGAGUUCUUCGCCAAGCGCCAGCUGGUCACCCUCUUCUCGGCCCCGAACUACUGCGGCGAGUUCGACAACGCCGGCGCGAUGAUGUCCGUCGACGACACGCUCAUGUGCUCAUUCCAGAUCCUCAAGCCCGUCGAGAAGCGCAAGAAGUAGGCCAGAGCUAUGCAGCUCUGACUCGCAACACAUCCGCAUCCACUUGGGUCCUCCAUCAUCAUUAUUCUAAUUUUAAAACAUUCUUCAGAUACAUACUUGCCUUUUAGAUUGAGGUUCAGCUGUAAGCAUCGGAACUAGACCAUGUCCUGAUUACUAGAUUUAUCUUUUCGAAGGAGAGCCUCUGCCCUCCAGCCCCCGACCAUGGCCGUGGGUACUGAUUCGAUGUACUGAUGGUUUUACUCCGCGCUUGGUUGUAUUCAUAAAGCAAUUGGAUUUGAUUAUAUUCGACGAGUUUGGAAGUCUAAAAAAACGUGUUCUAAUGGCCUUACCAACUAGAA